AUGGCGAUCAUGUCGAUACCUCACCUUCCCAUCCCCGUCCUUCUCAUUGCUCUUGUUGCGGUCUAUGCCCUCCAUCGGAUCUACUAUGAGUUAACCACCGGUGCCAGGAGGCGUCGAAUGAUCCGGGACAAUGGGUGCGAGGAGGUGGUGUGGUACCCUCAUAAAGGCAUCAUGGGCAAACUCUAUGGAGUGGACGUGAUUAAGCAGAUGGUCCAAUCCGGCAAGGAAGGUCGGAUGAACGAAGCGACUCGACUCCGAAACUUCAGCAGUGGCAGAAACACCCUCAAAUUGAGGAUGGCCAAAAACACUGUCAUUUCCACUAUCGAGCCUGAGAUCAUCAAGACAAUCCUGUCCACCAAGUUUCAAGACUACUCCCUUGGUAAGAGAAGGAGGCAGGUCUUCCUCCCCAUCUUCGGCCACGGUAUCUUCGCAAACGACGGCACGGCUUGGGAGAGAUCUCGUGCCAUGGUACGACCCAACUUCACCCGUCAGCAGGUGGCCGACCUCGACAUGUUCGAAGCCCAUGUCUCCCAUCUCAUCGACUCCAUUCCUCGCGACGGAUCCACGGUCGACUUACAAGAUUUGUUUUUCGGCUUGACCAUUGAUUCGGCGACCGAGUUCUUGUUUGGUAGAUCCACAAACAGCCUGGCGCCAGGUCUGGAGACCAAGUCCGCCAACGAGUUUGUCAAGGCCUUUGUCUAUGUCACGGAAGCUUGUGGCAAGAAUUUCCGCACGGGAGGUCUGACUGAUUACAUCCCGGACGCACAAUGGCGGAAGAGUGUGAAGAUUAUUCACGAUUUUGCCGACGAAAUCAUCCACGAGGCUAUGGAGGAGCUGAAGUCCGGCAAGCAGGAUCCGAACAGUCGCUACGUCUUCCUCCACGCCUUGCUCAAUCAGACUCAGGAUCCCUACGCCCUCCGUUCGGAAUUGCUCAAUAUCCUGCUCGCGGGUCGUGACACCACGGCAGGCUUGCUGUCAAACACCUGGCACGUCCUAUCGAACCGACCAGACAUUUGGGCUAAAUUGAAGGCUGAAGUGGAUGAGCUUGGCGGCGAGAAGCCCGACUACAACACCAUCAAGGAUAUGAAGUAUCUGAAAUGGGUGCUGAACGAGUCCCUCCGACUGAUGCCGGUCGUGCCCGGCAACAGUCGUGAGGCCAUCCGUGACACUAUUCUGCCUCUUGGUGGAGGAGUGGAUGGCAAGGCUCCCGUGCUGGUGAGAAAGGGCCAAGUGGUGGCGUAUUCACCGUGGUCAAUGCACCGGCGUAAGGAUUUCUACGGACCCGACGCGCUAGAGUUCAAACCAGAGCGAUGGGAGUCUCUCCGACCAGGCUGGGAGUACUUGCCGUUCAAUGGAGGACCACGCAUCUGUGUCGGCCAACAGUACGCCUUGAUGGAGGCGUCUUAUGCCACCAUCCGAUUGAUCCAGACUUUCCCACGGAUCGAGAGUCGAGACGACAGGGAAUGGCGCGAGUGGUUGACGGUGACGCUGGCUUCCGGUGUUGGUACCAAGGUUGCCCUCUUUGAGAAAUAA